CUGUGCGGCGGAGCUCCUUUUUCGGGGGCAGAGCUUGCGGUCUCAAUCGAUGUGAGGACUGAGGAGCGAUGCUGAGGGAUGUAAGAUGGCAGAGCUACAAAUGUUGUUAGACGAAGAAAUUCCAGCCGGGAAGCGAGCCCUGGUGGAGAGUUACCAAAACCUCACCAGGGUCGCGGAGUACUGUGAGAACAAUUAUGUCCAGGCCCAGGACAAGAAGGCGGCUCUGGAGGAGACCAAGGCUUACACCACGCAGUCCUUGGCCAGCGUCGCCUACCAGAUUAACGCAUUGGCCAACAAUGUGCUGCAGCUGCUGGACAUCCAGGCAUCGCAGCUGCGCCGGAUGGAGUCCUCCAUCAACCACAUCUCCCAGACGGUGGACAUCCACAAAGAGAAGGUGGCCAGGCGAGAAAUCGGCAUCCUGACCACAAACAAGAACACGUCCAGGACCCACAAGAUCAUCGCCCCCGCCAACGUGGAGCGGCCUGUGAGGUACAUCCGAAAGCCCAUCGACUACACCGUGCUGGACGACGUGGGCCAUGGGGUUAAGUGGCUGAAAGCUAAGCAUGGAAGCAACCAACCGGCGAGAGGGGGAACGCUGUCAAGGACCAAUCCGCCGACACAGAAGCCGCCCAGCCCGCCUAUGUCAGGCCGCGGAACCCUGGGACGCAACACUCCCUACAAAACCCUGGAGCCCGUCAAGCCCCCCACGGUCCCCAACGACUACAUGACAAGCCCUGCCCGCCUGGGCAGCCAGCACAGCCCGGGCCGCACCGCCUCGCUGAGCCAGAGGCCCCGGACUCACAGUGGCAGCAGCGGGGGCAGCGGCAGCCGGGAGAACAGCGGUGGCAGUGGCAGUGUGGGAAUCCCCAUCGCCGUGCCGACGCCAUCCCCCCCCACCAUGGGACCAGUGCCGCCCAUGUUCAUUCCUUCCGGAGCCCCUCCACCUCCCCCUCCCCCACCCCCACUGCCUGGGCAAGGUCCCUUCAUGGCAGCGUCGCCGAUAGCUGCUGCUAUGGGCCCCGGCCUUGGCCCCGCCCCUGUGUCACAGUUUGGCACCGUGUCCCGACAUAUCUCCCGGCACGGUUCGGCCGCCUCAUCUGUCUCCAACGUGUCGGCGACAGGGACAUACAGACGGGCGCCGUCUGUCUCUGCCCAGUUCCCCCCGCAGCAGCAGCAGCCGCACAUUAACGGGGGUCCUCCUCUGUACCCCCCGAGCUCAAUGUCCAUUGCCCCCCCUCCUCCCCCAAUGCCCCAGCUGACCCCACAGAUCCCCCUGACAGGCUUUGUUGCCAGGGUGCAGGAGAACAUCGCGGACACCCCGACUCCGCCCCCUCCCCCGCCGCCUGAUGACAUGGGCAUGUUUGAUGACUCCCCACCCCCGCCACCCCCACCAGUGGACUAUGAGGAAGAGGAGCCAGCCGUGGUGCAAUUCAACGACCCCUAUGCUGAGGGAGACCCGCAGUGGGCCCCCAAGAACUACAUUGAGAAAGUCGUUGCAGUUUAUGACUACAGCAAGGACAAGGACGACGAGCUGUCGUUCAUGGAGGGCGCCGUCAUCUACCUCAUCAAAAAGAACGACGACGGCUGGUACGAGGGCGUCUGCAAUGGCGUCACCGGCCUCUUCCCCGGCAACUAUGUGGAGUCCAUCAUGCAUUAUGCCGACUGAGCAAACUCCGCCAAUCAGACACAGAGCACCAAUCCACAAAAGCAUAGACAAGUGCAUUAAGAUGAAAGCUCGUUUUGUAAUUGCAUCUGAGAAUAACAAUCUUUUUUAUACGAGGAUAAAUAUGAUAAAAUGAGAUGUGAGAUGUUUAUUUGUAUUCUGACCGUAGAUAGCUGUCAGUUUACUUUACUGUACUUCACCUCACAGGUUGCCCUGGAUUUUGUGUAGUGUGUUCCCGUGAGUGUCCAUCCUGCCAUCUCUUUUAAUUAUUUUUUUACCAGAAACAGGGGCAGACUAGGAUAGGUGGGAUUCACAUGUUUUGGAUCAUAAAUUUUCUGACUGUGCCAUUCCUAUAGCCUUUUACCGGCCGACCAACACUAGGCGAACAUUUUUUCAAAUAGGUUUUCCAAUAGAAAAAGUACAUCAAGGUACUACUGGUCUUUUUUGAUUCCUGAAACGUAAAUUUUAGUGCAAAGCAUGCGUACAACUUGCAAAACAUGAGAACUGUAUUGUAACAUAAGUACACUUAUGCUUCUGUUGUGUCGUAAUGCGUAUCUUGAGCGCUGUUUUAAACAAAAGGUUCAAAUUAUUUUUUAAUGUUUUUUUUUUCUAGAUGCUCUCAUUUGUAUUUUUUGCAUUUAGUAUCAUAUUUACACCAUGAAUUUGUACAUCUGGCCCUGAUUUUAAACAGUCUGCCAGCAGACUGAAACUCCUGCUUGGGUCUGUGUGCUCAGUGUUGGGUUUGAUAUAAAAAAAAAAAUAUAUAUAUAUAUAUAUAUAUAUUAAAAACGCACCUUCACAGUGAUCAGUUACUGCUCUGUAAAGAGGAUGUAAUCCUAAAUACUGUGGGACUUUUGGAUGUCAGUACCAACUGAUAAUUGCAAAUGGCCAGUCUGGUGACUCUAAAGGUGUAGUUUUAUCAUUUUUGAUAAUGUUAACUAGAGCCUGACCAAUACAGAAUUUUCCAAUGAUAUUUGAGGUUUUAAAAGUCCAAUAAUCGGCAAUAUUUUUUUUUUUCUCAAACUUGUACAGAAGAUUUUUCCUUACAUUUAUGUGUAGUUAUUUAAAUUCCUCACCAAGAUAACAUGACAUAAUGCAGUUUUUGUUUUAUUGUCAUAGAUAGUACUUUGAACAAAAAUGCAAGAAAAUAUAUAAAAAUUUUGAUUAAAUGACAGUUAAAUAUAUGUUCCGUCUUGUAUGUUUGAUCCGUCUGUUUGUUUUUAUCAUUUAUCGGCCGUUAUUAAUGCUGAUACUGAUUUAUCUGCAAAUCAGCCGAUAAUAUUGGCAAGCUGAUUUAAUCCAUCAGGCUCUAAUUUCCACAACCAAUGACAGUUGACCAAUGCAAUGGGAGUGGGAGGACAUUGUUUUUCCAUGUCAAUCAGUGGACUAGCCAAUCAUUUCUUGUAUUCAUAUAUAUUCAUAGAGAAUUUUUCUUCAUGACUUUAGGUUGUCAUAACUCAGGUUUAUUGUAUAAAAGUUGGUCCCAUUCUUCAGUAGUAAUUCUGAGGUGUAUGUACAGUGUAGGUUUUGUGAAUUUGGCAUUUUAGCAGGCAGGCCAGAAGCUGGAGGAGGCUGGGUUUGUUCAGCCCCGGAGAUUUAGCGUGAUGACUGUCGGUGGGCCGCUGUUUUGUACAGACACCUACUGGGGUGUCUUACUGGAUCUGUACCUUUUUAUACAUGUCCAGCCUUUUGGCCACAUUUCUUCCCAAAGCAAUGAGGACCAUAAGUGAAGCACUUGGUCAUGGAUCCUUUUCAGAACUGUGUUGAAUGCCUUAGCUACUGGUCAGCUUUGGAAAACGCUGGAAGUGUGGAGCUACAUGGGAAAAAAAAAGUGCCACUGUCCCCCUUAAUUUGUAUAUAUAAGUGUUGAAACUGUAUGUACAGACUUUUAUAAUAAAUAACCCUUAUAUCCAAAUGUUACUGUAGUGGAUGGAGAGACAACUUAAUAAAAAUCAUUUUUAUUCGAA